AUUUUUUGAUGGGGAAAUCGAGAUUGGGGCGAAAAACAAAAUAUUUUCCGAAUAAUUUCAGCCUGAAAAAGUGGCGGUAUUCACCUCUAGAAAUAUUUUAUGUACACACGACCUCAGCUCAAAAUCCACUAAGAUAUUUGAAUUGUGAAUCCACAAAUUAAACAUUUAAUUUAAACAAUGGAGUCUGACUCGGACAUUGAAUUAGUUACUGUGAUAACUUGUACAACCCUGGCACUACAGUUGCAACGACGUAAGCGCAAGCAACGUAAAAAUUAUCAUGUGAACCCGUACCUUCAGCUUCGGAGCACUAAAGGACGGUUUUUCAAAGACUUUGACGACAUGAGAUCUACUCCACACAUUUUUCAAGAGAACUAUCACAUGUCGCCACAAGAUUUCGAUCAAUUGCUGAAUAUUAUUCAACACAGGCUGGAACCUAAAGUUUCAACCCGUCCACAUGAUGCUAUAAGUCCACAAGAGAAACUAUCAGUACCACUUGAGUAA